AUGAAACGCAGUCGAAAAUUGGAGAGGUAUUCCGACCGCGGCAUCCCCGGGGAACACACCCACCUAGCAACCGGGAGCGCAGCAGCAGCGGCGGCCGCCGGGGUGAGCCAGGCGGCAGUGCUGGGCUUCCUGCAGGAGCGCGGCGGGAAGGUGCCCAGCUCGGAGCUGCUGAGCCGCUUCAAGCCGCUGCUGGAUGCCGGCGACCCGCGCGGCCGCGCCGCCCGCAGGGACCGCUUCAAGCAGUUCGUCAACGACGUGGCGGUGGUGAAGGAGCUCGACGGCGUCAAGUUUGUGGUGCUGAGGAAGAAGUCACGGCCCCGGGAAGGGCCCGAGCCCCUGCCCGCCUGCACCCCCGGGACGCCCGCCCCGCCGUCGAAGCCCACUUCCCUCUCCCCAGAGGAAGAUGCUGUCCCCGGAGCUCCAUCCCAGGCCUGGGCGCAGCAGUCGGUGGGACCACCAGAGGACCCGGCUCCGCCAUCAGAGCCACACGACACCGCCAUGGCUCUGGCCCCUGAGCCCACUCAGCCGACUGGGGAGCUGUCGUUAGGCUCGGCCCAGCAGCCAGGGAGGCCCGCCGACCCCCAGGUUCCAGCUUUUGAGCUUGCCCUGCCCUGCGAAGGACUCUCCGCAGACGUGGCCCCAGCGCCUGGGGCGUCGUUGGAGGCGGCCUCGUCCCGCGCAGAGCCGCAAGACCCAGAACACGGGCCUGGGUCACCGAAAGGGCCGCCACCACCCCCUCCGCGCGCGCCGUCGCAGAAGCCCUGCAUGCUGCCCGUACGCUGCGUCCCGGGCCCCACCGCGCUCCGAAUCCGGGCAGAGGAACAAGGCCUGCGCCGGCAGCUGUCGGAGGAGCCGAGCCCGCGGAGCUCCCCGCUGCUGCUGAGGCGGCUCUCCGUGGAGGAGUCCGGCCUGGGCCUCGGCCUGGGCCCGGGCCGCUCUCCGCACCUGAGGCGCUUGACGCGCGCCGGCCCGCGCCUACUGAGCCCCGACACCGAGGAGGUGGCCGCCGCGCCGCCACCGUCCGCCGUGCCCCUGGAGCCGGCCGAGCAUGAGUGGCUAGUGCGGGCGGCCGGUGGACACUGGACCCACCAGCUGCACGGGCUGCUGCUACGCGAUAGCGGCCUGGCGGCCAAGCGCGACUUCAUGUCUGGCUUCACGGCCCUGCAUUGGGCCGCCAAGAGCGGCGACCGCGAGAUGGCGCUGCAGCUGGUGGAGGUCGCGCGGCGUGGGGGAGUGCCCGUCGAUGUGAACGCGCGCUCACACGGCGGCUACACGCCACUGCACCUGGCCGCUCUGCACGGCCACGAAGACGCCGCCGUGCUGCUCGUAGUGCGCCUGGGUGCGCAUGUGCACGUGCGUGACCACAGCGGGCGUCGCGCUUACCAAUACCUGAGGCCUGGCUCCUCCUAUGCUCUGCGCCGCCUACUAGGAGACCCAGGCUUGGGAGGUGCAACGGAGCCAGAUGCGACUGGUGGCGGAAGUGGCAGUCUUGCAGCCCGGCGCCCCGUGCAGGUGGCUGCCACCAUCCUCAGCUCCACCACCAGUGCGUUUCUGGGUGUCCUGGCAGACGACUUGAUGCUCCAGGACCUGGCCCGCGGGCUAAAGAAAUCGAGCUCAUUCAGCAAGUUCUUGGGUGCCUCGCCCAUGGUUCCGCGUAAAAAGACAAAGAUCCGUGGUGGCCUGCCAGCCUUCUCUGAAAUAUCUCAUCGACCUACUCCGGGGCCUUUAGCUGGUCUAGUGCCUAGUCUGCCCCCAGCAACCUGACAGUCCUUGGGCCUACAGCCUGGUUGAUCUUUGACGGCCUGUCUCCUACAGUAUAAGCCUGCCCAAGGCUGGGGCCCUGCACCUGCAGCCCCAUUCUGUUUCCAACUUUGUCCACUCCAGCCUGUUUUACCCAGAUAGGCCAGCGCCUCCAGCUUCAGUCUGAAGCUUGACCUGUCUCCAGAGAUGGGAUUCGAGAUCUCAGCGAGAGCCUCCUAUGAAGAAUUUCAGCAGUCAGGCCUGAACUCUGGAGGAGACUUGAAAUUUAGGCUCAAAGGUUAAGGGGUAGCAGCUGGUCUGGCCCCUGAAUGUGUUAAUCUGGUGCCUCUGCAUCUACACAGUCCCGCGCCAGAACUAGAGCAAGGGUCUCUUUAGAUGUUGGAAGAUGUUGGGUUGUUUGUUGGCUUUAAGAUAUGUAGCGGUUUUGUAAUUUGAUGCUUUUAUUGUUUUUAAAUUGAAAUGAGGUAAAGCAACUUUCAUAAUGACCUUUUGAAAUUAUAUUUUUCCAUUUAUAGGCAAAGAGCUCAGACAUUUUCAAUCUUUUGCUAAAUAUUUUGGAAUUCUAUUAAGCAAAUAGGAGAUCAAGAUCUGAAAGAAAUUAGUCCCAACCAACAAACUUUAAAAAAUUUAUCUACCUCAUUAUAGGAAAUCAAGAUUCUGAAGGGUCUUGGACACAGAAUAACCAUUGUAACCCUUAUGAAUGUAAUUAAUUUCAGUUGUACUGUUAAUGCUAAAUGUUUGGAAACAAGUACAUCUUGGGAAUAAAGGUGAUAAAACAAGGAGAGAACAGAGAAAAAAGAGACAUUUUGGCAAAUAUUUUUAAUUUGUGGUUGUCUUUAUAAUAAAAUAUAAACAUGUGUUUGGCACUGGUUGGUGGCUAUUUUGAUUUGGCAUGAAUACUUAAUUUUUUAAAAAUUUGUUAUUUGUGAAUUGCACCUUUGUGCCCUGUUUCUGAAUCUGUGGUUUUCAAAUCUGCUGAGCAAUGCAGUAGGUGAAUAUUCAAAGAAAAAAAGUCAUAGCAUUACACCACAGAAAUAACUGAUGGAAUAGUAAUGGAAACAAUCAAGGAACAAUUAUUUUAUAUGAAAGUUUUGUACAGACAAAAAGUAUGUGAUAUCCAUUUUUAAAAAACACUUGAAAGCAGACAAUUUAUUCCAGAAUAGCAGAUGCAGACUCUCUUUGCUCAGUGAAUGUGGACACGUGGCUUAAUUUCUUUGGACAUUUGUUCCUAUUUGUAAAUUGUGAAGGUUUGUAAAUAUUGCCAAGAUUUCCCAGGUUCAACACAGUGUAUAAUUAUAAUGGCACUUUUUCUGUUUUAAAGAUGUGGAAUCUAUUUACUUAACCAGUCUUUUAUAUCAUAUUGUGAUAAUGUUCUGCUUUUGCAAAUUGUGUUUGCAUGUCAAACUAGUUAUAUCAAAUAGUUUUUGUGGCACUGAGUAGUGGGGCUCCAUAUGCAUGGGGCUCCCCAUAUAUAUCAGUGAGGCCUUUGAAGGUAUUUAAGGCAGUCCUUCAUGGAAUGUUUUGAUUUAAGCAAUGAAAUAAACAGUCCUCCAUUUUGUUCCUGCUUGA